CGCCCUCAGGGGGCGGUGCCGCCGCCCCAUCGAUCACUCGGCGCUCCCGCACUCGGGCGCGCCCCCGCGACCGCCCGGCGCGCGCCCGCCGCUCCCCGCUCGCAGCGCAGACUGAGACUAAUUAUGGAAGAGAAAUCCAGAAAAUGACAGAAAAGCAUUAAUUUUCCUCUUCUAGGACAGUCAUGUUGGAAGGAUUGGUAGCCUGGGUCCUCAACACCUACCUGGGCAAAUAUGUCAAUAACCUGAAUACAGACCAGCUUUCAGUGGCACUUCUAAAGGGUGCUGUUGAAUUGGAAAACUUGCCACUAAAAAAAGAUGCCUUAAAGGAGCUGGAAUUACCAUUUGAAGUAAAGGCAGGUUUCAUUGGCAAAAUAACACUACAGAUCCCUUUUUAUCGUCCACAUGUGGAUCCAUGGGUGAUAUCUGUCUCAAAAUUGCACUUAAUUGGUGCACCAGAAAAAACACAAGAGUUUGAUGAGGAAAGGGAAAAGUUGCAAGAAAGGGAACACAAGAAAGCCCUUCUGCUGGCACUUGAAGAAAAAUGGAAGAAAGAACAACAACAGAAAGGGGAGUCUUACUGGUACUCAGUUACUGCAUCUGUAGUCACAAGAAUUGUGGAAAACAUCGAAUUGAAAAUCCAGGAUGUGCAUUUGAGGUUUGAAGAUGGUGUCACAAAUCCCUCGCAGCCGUUUGCAUUUGGCAUCUGCAUCAAAAAUGUCUCAAUGCAAAAUGCAGUGUUUGAACCAGUGGAGAAGCUGAUGCGGAAAAAACAGUUGGAUGUUGCUGAUUUCAGUGUUUAUUGGGAUACCAGUUGCACUUUACUGGGUGACCUGCCUCCUGGUCAGCUACAGGAAGCAAUGGAUAGAAGUAUGGAAAGUCGUGAUCAUAAUUACAUCAUGGAGCCUGUCUGCACUUCUGCUCUCCUCAAGAGGAAUUGUUCUAAGGAGCCUUUAAGAUCCCGGCAUACUCCACGGCUGGAAUGUGACAUUCAGCUCGAGACGAUACCCCUGAAGCUUUCCCAGAUGCAGUAUCAGCAGAUCAUGGGAUUUUUAAAGGAAUUGGCUAGAAAGGAACGACAGCUUAAAUUCAGGAAGUGGAAACCAAAGGUUGCAGUAACAGAGAACUGCCGGGAGUGGUGGAUCUUUGCUCUGAAUGCAAAUCUUUCGGAGAUCAGGGAGCAGAGGCAGCGUUCCACGUGGGCGUUCGCACUGCGUCGGGCCCGGGAUGCCGUGUCCUACACAGACUUGUACUACAGCAAGCUGAAGGGGGAACCACUGUCUGCUGCAGACCAGGCAGAAAUGCAUCGUAUUGAGGAUGAGCAGACUUAUGAAGAGUUGAAGGUUCUGUAUGAGAUAGUUCAUAAUAAAUUUCAUGACUUAGCUGAGAGCGUUAAAGAGCCCUUGCCUGAUUCCAUUGGAGGUUCCUGUCCGGCAGAACCUGCCCAGAGCAGCAGCUCUGGGAUGCUGCAGUACCUGCAGUCGUGGUUUCCUGGCUGGGGAGGUUGGUAUGGAUAUGCUCAGCAGACAUAUGAAGGUGAACCUUUUGAGGGGCUGCUGCCAGACGCGAAGGAGCAGUGGAAUCCCGAAGACAUUCUGGGUACGGAUGAUUUUUUUGAUCCUGCUGCAGAUGCUUCCAGCAUGAAUACUUUUACCAAGAGAGAUCAUGUUUUUGCUAAAUUAAAUCUACAGCUGCAGGGUGGUUCUUUCACUCUCUUGCAUAGGAAGAAAAAGAUACUGUGUGCAGAAGAGACUGCUUUUAUGCAGCUGGAGUUUUCAGGUGUAAAGAUCUUGGCAGAAUCCCUUCCUCGCAGAAAGUCUUCCCUUCUCAAAGUUCAGCUUGGUGGUCUUUUCCUGAGGGAUUUGGCAACAGAAAGGACCAUAUUUCCUGUUCUUGUUUUCCCAAACCCUCAAAAAGAGGUUGGCUGCAUGUCUUCCUUUGGACUCCAAAGUUUGUCCUCAGAAAUGACUAAUCAGAACACUGUUGCAGAUCCUGAUGCCCCAGUAUUUGAGAUGCUUUAUGAAAGAAAUCCCAUUCACAGCACUUUUGAGAGGCGCCUGGAAGUCAGUACCAGACCUCUAAAUAUUAUUUACAAUCCACAAGCCAUUAAGAAAGUAGCUGACUUCUUCUACAAGGGAAGGGUUCAUACCUCAGGUUUUGGUUAUCAGUCUGAGUUAGAGGCAAGAGUGGCUGAAGCUGCCAGAAGACAGUACAACAAGCUGAAAAUGCAGACAAAAGCUGAAAUCAGACAAACCAUCGAUCGUUUAUUAGUUGGAGACUUCAUUGAAAACAGCAAAAGCUGGACUGUGUGCCUUGAUAUCUCUGCCCCUCAGGUGAUCUUUCCUGAUGAUUUCAAAUUUGCAGAUCCUGUGUUAGUUGUUGUAGAUCUGGGAAGAAUGCUACUCACAAAUUCUCAAGAAGACUCUAAGAGGAGUGCAAGUGCCAUUUCUUCAGAAGUCAAUGAACUGAGUGAUGAGGAAUAUAAAACACCUCUUGCAACUCCUCCCAAUACUCCACCACCAGAAUCCAACACCAAUAGUGGCAUCAAAAUGCCCGAAUUUACUGGAGUAGAAAUAAGUGAAGAGCAGCUACAGGCACACUUAAUGAGUAAAAAAAUGUAUGAAAGAUACACUCUUUCAUUUAUGGACCUUCAGAUCAUGGUGGGCCAUGUGAAAGACAACUGGAAGCACGUUCAGGAUAGUGAUGUGGGUCCAACACAUGUGGUAGAAAAAUUCAAUGUUCACCUGCAGCUGGAGCGCAGACUGAUAUACACAUCUGACCCAAAAUACCCAGGAGCUGUCUUGUCUGGCAACCUGCCAGACUUGAAAAUUCACAUCAAUGAAGACAAAAUCCUGGCUCUGAAGAACUGUUUGUCACAGCUGAGUACAUCUGAAGCUAAGUCUUCAGAUGCCCUACAUUUAGGGAAAGACAAGAUUUUUGCAGAGGUAGACCAGUUUGGCAGUUUGCAUGAUUCUGUAAUGAAUCUAACACAGAGUGUUGUCAUGCUCGAGCAGCACACCCGGGAGGUUCUUGUUGAGUCCCAGCUGCUUUUGGCUGAGUUCAAAGUAAACUGUAUGCAGUUGGGUGUUGAGAGUAAUGGGCGAUACAUCUCUGUGCUCAAGGUUUUUGGCACCAAUGCCCAUUUUGUGAAAAGGCCUUAUGAUGCAGAGGUGUCCCUGACUGUCCAUGGGCUGUUGCUGGUUGAUACUAUGCAAACAUACGGAACAGAUUUUGAUCUUUUGAUGGCUUCUCAUAAGAACUUGAGCUUUGAUGUGCCAACAGGAAGCCUUCGAGACAGCAGGGCUCAGUCCCCAGUUUCUGGACCACAUGAUGCACAUCCCAUUGGUGGUGCUGGUUUGGCAGAGAGAUGCACUACAGCCUCCAACACCUCACCUGGUAACAAUGGAAAAGAUCAAGAGUCCUUGAUAAAAUUGGAGUAUCAGUUUGUGAGUGCAGAAUGCCCAUCAAUGAACUUGGAUAGCAGUCUGCAGGUGAUCUCUGUACAGGUGAACAACCUGGAUAUCAUCCUUAACCCAGAGACUAUUGUUGAACUGAUUGGGUUUCUCCAGAAAUCUUUCCCCAAGGAGAAAGAAGAUUCUAGUCCUCAGCCUUUAACAACUGACAUGGAGAGAGAUUGGAGGGAACAGGAAACAUUCCAGUCUACUUAUGCACAGAACACAGAGGUAGCAGUUGAUAUUCACUGGUUAAAUGUACUCCUCCUCAGGACAGUUGGCAUGACAAAUGGAGAAAAAUAUGGCAGAAAAAUUGCAACAGCCAGUAUUGGUGGCACCAAAGUCAAUGUCUCCAUGUGUAGUAAACUGGAUGUGAAUGGCUCUCUUGGGUGCCUUCACCUUAUGGAUCUGACCCAAGACAAUGUAAAGAACCAGUAUGUGGUGAGCAUAGGGAACACAGGGCGGUAUGAAAAUCUCAUUGGCGAUGGAAAUUUCUUUGAAUCUUUAUUCUUUAGGCUUGAUGAUGGAAAUAGCCUUCCAGAUGCUUUAAGUUUCAUUUUCACAGAAAAGUCGAAAGAGGAGUGUUCUCUCAACCUCAAAAUGGCCUCCUUGCACUACAACCACUCAGCCAAAUUUUUGAAAGAACUGUCUUUGUCCAUGGAUGAGCUGGAAGAGAAUUUCCGCAGCAUGUUGAAAAGUGCAGCUUCGAAAGUUACAACAGUCUUGGCAACUAAAACUGCUGAAUACAGUGAAAUGGUUUCUUUGUUUGAUACCACACCACGAUCAAGAGAUGUUGCCAGUGCAGAAGAUAACGAAGGCGAUGCAUUUGGAUCACAGUCCCUCAAAGCUGAUACUAUCAAGCUUAUAUUAAAUGUAAACAUUGAAUCCCCAAUUGUCUCCAUACCUCGAAAGCCCGGUAGCUCUGAGCUGCUUGUAGGUCAUCUAGGACAAAUAUCUAUUCAGAAUUUUGUACCAGGAGAAGAUGAGUCUACAAGUGAUAGGCUGCAAGUUGAAAUUAAAGAUAUUAAGAUGUAUUCAUUAAAUAGUAGUCAAUUUACAAACAAGAAGGAGCCUGCAAGUGAGAUACCCCAUGGGCCACAUUCUUCAUCAGGUUCUGCCAGCAUUAACAGCCAGGAAGAAUCUCAUUUUACUCGUCAUGAUUUCUUUGAAUCACUACACAAAGGCCAUGCUUUCCACAUUCUGAAUAACACCACCAUCCAGUUUGAAUUGGAAAAGAUACCACUAGAGAAAGAUUUGUAUUUAACGUUUCCUCUGUGUAAUGAAGACUUUGAAAUAUCAAGCAUUAUGAAGAUUGAAGGGAAAUUUGUGAAUCCUCUUCAGGUGGUGUUAGCAAAACAUGUGUAUGAACAAGUCCUUCAGACUCUGGAUAAUUUAAUUUACAGUGAAGACUUGAACAAAUUUUCAACCACUUCUGUAUCUCCAACUGGUCUUAGUUCUCCUUCAGCAUCACUUCACAGUACAAGCACAGACUUCUUGAGUGAACGGAAGGAAAAUGGCUUAUUCAGCCACUCUAGUUUUAAUUCUGUUCCAAACAAGCCCUUAGCUAUCAGGGAAACAAAAUCUUUUACUCAAAUUCAAGCAAACUUCCACAUCUCAGAGCUCCAGGUCCAGUUAAGUGGUGAUCUCACACUUGGGGCACAAGGGCUUGUCAGCCUUAAGUUUCAGGAUUUUGAUGUUGAGUUUGCCAAAGAUCACCCUCAAACCUUGUCCAUUCAGAUUGCCUUACGUUCCCUGCUGAUGGAAGAUCUCCUGGAAAAGAAACCAGACUCUAAAUAUAAGAACCUCAUGGUGUCCCGUGGAGCACCCAAACCAUCCAGUUUAGCACAUAAGGAAUAUCUUUCACAGUCCUGUCCCUUAGUAUCCAAUGCAGAAUAUCCAGAUAUGCCACGUUCCCUCCCUUCCCAUAUGGAAGAAGCACCUAAUGUCUUUCAGCUCUACCAAAGACCAGUUUGUGCCUCCCGUAAGAAGCAAAAAGAAGAUGCUGAUUCUGAGUAUCCUCUGACUCCACCUCCUUCUCCAUCAGGAGACAGAUCCAAGUUGCCCUGUGGAAAAAGUAACUUUGAUGAUUCAUUAGUUCAUAUCAAUAUAUUCCUAGUGGAUAGGAAACAUCCUGAAUUUUCUUCUCGCUAUAGCAAAAUUAACCGUAGUGUAGAUGUUGAUUUCAAUUGUCUAGAUGUGUUAAUAACUUUGCAAACUUGGGUAGUGAUACUGGAUUUCUUUGGAAUUGGAUCCACUGCUGAUAACCAUGCCAUGAAGCCUCAGCCUGAAGAUACUCAGCAGACAAUCAAAGCAGAAAUAAAUUCCUUGUCAGCUUCUCAAGCCCAAGAGCCUGUAAACACUAAGCUGGAUCUAAAGGUCCAUUCUUUAUCCUUAGUCCUGAAUAAGACAACCAGUGAGCUUGCUAAAGCCAGUGUGGCAAAACUUGCAGCUCACUUGGAAGUGAUUGAGGGAGAUUUAGCCUUGCAGGGAAGUAUUGGAAGUCUGUCCUUAAGUGAUCUUACAUCUCACGGAGAAUUUUACAGAGAACGUUUCACCACAAGUGGUGAAGAGGCACUCAUUUUUCAGAUCUUUAAGUACGGGAGGCCGGACCCGCUGCUGCAGCGGGAAUGCGACGUCCGCGUGUCCCUGCGGAUGGCUUCUGUCCAGUAUGUGCACACCCAGCGCUUCCAGGCCGAGGUGGUGUCCUUCAUCCAGCACUUCACUCAGCUCCAAGAUGUCUUGGGACGGCAGAGAGCAGCGAUUGAAGGACAAACAGUGAGAGAUAAAGCCCAGCGAGCUUCCCGAGUUCUUCUUGAUAUUGAGGCUGAGGCUCCUGUUCUUCUUAUACCUGAGAGCUCCAAGUCUAACAGUCUUAUUGUUGCUAAUCUGGGAAAACUGAAAGUGAAGAACAAAUUCCUGUUUGCAGGAAUGCCAGGCACCUUUUCAUUAAAGAACAAGGAUUCAGUUCAAUUUUCCUCUCCUAUGGGAACCCCAAAACACAGCAUGAAGAAAACAAGUGCUGAUGAGUCCAAAUUAGCAAUGGAAGGAUUGGUCAUGAAAAAAUCAUCAGGGACAAACAUUCCUAGGCUGAAGAGUGAGCCUGCAGUGAGCACAUCGAGUAAGCAGCCAGGGCAGCCAUCAAAGCUGCCUGUUGCCCCAAACCCUGAGAGCCCAGAGGAUCACAUCUGCCUCUUAGACUGCAUUGUGGUUGAUCUGCAGGACAUGGACAUCUUUGCUGCUGAAAGAUACCAGAGAGAGUAUUCCAAGGCUGUGGAAGACACCAUUGCAGAUUUGAGCUUUCCAUCCUACUUGGUGAGGCAGACAGGAGAGAGCCUGCUGACAGAACCCUUCAGACUGAAGUUAAAAGUAGAGAGAAACUUGGACAAGGAGCUGAGUCACACCGUUGCAGACAUUUCAAUCCAUGGCAACCUGUCCUCAGUGCACUGCUCUCUGGAUCUGAACAAGUACAAACUGAUCCGUGGGCUGCUGGAGAACAACCUCGGGGAGCCCAUCGAGGAGUUCAUGCGCCCUUACGACUUGCAGGAUCCAAGGAUUCUUACAGUUUUGAGUGGAGAAGUGUAUACUUCCAUGUCAUUCCUCAUUGACAUGGUUAAUGUGAGCCUGGAACUGAUGGAUCCAAAGGGAAAAGAUGGAUGCAGCUCUUUAGCCAGGUUUGACUUUAAGAAAUCCAAGUUGCUUUUUGAAAGCUCUUCAAACGGAACAAAGUCUGUAAAUCUGGUCUCUCAUUCCAUGAUGGCCUUUGACACUCGUUAUGCUGGACAGAAAUAUGCUACAGGCCCCCCAAAUGUCUUCAAUUGCAUCUUUCAGUCAUCAAAGAACACCAGUAGCCCAGGAGCAAUCCAGAUUGAAUUGCAUUUCAGGUCUACUAAGGAUUCCUCCAGUUUCACAGUUGUUCUGAACAAUCUUCGUGUGUUCCUGAUAUUUGACUGGUUGUUAUUGGUUCAUGACUUUUUAUACACUCCUGGAGACACCAAAAAGCGAGAAAAUCCCCAUUUGUCCCGGCAGCGAACCUGCAUCAGUGACACAGCUGUUGUUCCCAAAACUGUGAAAAGUGGAGUGGUUACCAAACGUUCCUCACUCCCUGUGACAGCAGAAAAGCAGCUGGAAGUCAGGGUUAAUGUGACAGGAACUGAAUUUGUGGUUGUUGAAGACAUGUCCUGCUCCGAUACCAACGCAAUUAUUCUGAAGGGAACCACUGUUCUCACUUACAAGCCCAAGUUGUUAGAUCGUCCUUUCUCUGGCAGUUUGUUUGGCAUUGAGGUGUUUUCAUGCCGGUUAGGGAAUGAGCAAGAGACUGCACUGUCAAUCAUUGAUCCAGUACAGAUUCAUAUGGAACUUAUUGGGAAUUCUUCCUACCCAAGUGGUUCAGGACUGCUGGAUGCUUUCAAUAGUGAAGAUUUUCCUCCUAUUCUAGAGAUUCACUUGCAAGCACUGGAUAUCAGACUGUCCUACAAUGAUGUUCAACUCUUCCUGGCAAUUGCAAAGUCAAUUCCCCAGCAGACGAGCGCAGCUCUGCCUGACCCGGCUGCCCCAAGUGCUGGGAGCGCUGCUGAUCCCUCCAGUUCAGCACUGGGGAGUGAGACCUUGGCACAUGAGACCAGAGAUGGAUCCAAACGUGUGCUGGAUCCUGUUCUUGAGGUCCAGCUGGCUCGCCUCCAGGAGCUGGGAUUCUCUAUGGAAGAUUGUCGUAAAGCUCUUUUGGUCUGCCAAGGUGAUUUGAAAAAAGCAGCAAGUUGGUUGUUUAAGAAUGCUGAUCCUCUGAAAUCAGUUUCCCAGACCUCUUCUGGUCGAGAUAGCCAGGGGAUUGUGCCCUUCCAGUUCGUCUCUGGAGUGAAAAUAAAGGCAGAAAGUGUCUGCAUCUGCUUUAUAGAUGACUGCAUGGACUGUGACGUUCCUCUGGCUGAAUUAACCUUUUCACGUUUAAAUUUUCUCCAACAUUUGAGAACCAGCCCUGAGGGCUACGCUCAUUUUACCCUCUCUGGAGAUUACUACAACCGUGAGCUUUCAGGCUGGGAGCCAUUUAUUGAGCCGUGGCCGUGUUCAGUGUCUUGGCAACAACAAGCUUCGAGCCGCCUGCACCCUUCCCGCCUGAAGCUGGAAGUGAAGGCCAAACCACGGCUGGAUAUAAACAUCACCUCUGUUCUCAUAGAGCAAUACACAUGUACCAAGCAGUCCUGGAUGGAAGAUUAUUGUAAACAGGAGGAAGAAGUGAAUGUAAUCAGCUCAGAAGACUGGAUGGGUUCUUCGGUGGAUCCCCCAUGUUUUGGGCAGACUGAGAUGAAGACCCCAAAGCGCAGGCAGCCGUUCGUCCCCUUUGCUCUGAGGAAUCACACUGGCUGCACUCUCUGGUUUGCCACCCUGACUACGACCCCAACCCGGGCUGCGCUGUCUCACAGUGGGAGUCCAGGUGUUGUUCCUGAGGAAAACGGGACGUUGCUGGGUGAUGCCCAUAAUGUCAGUGAAUGGCAAGAGGUUAUCACUGGGGAAGAGGUUCCGUUUGAGUUUGAAACCAGAGGGAAACUCAGACACAGGCACACACAUGAUCUAAGGAUUCAUCAGUUGCAAGUGAGAGUAAAUGGCUGGGAAGAAGUGAGUCCAGUGUCUGUGGACAAAGUUGGAACAUUUUUCCGAUAUGCUGCGCCAGAUAAGAAUUCCUCCUGUUCUACUCUUGGAAGCCCAAUAAAUAGAACAAAUAUAAUACAUCCACAAGUCUACUUUUCUUCAUUGCCUCCAGUUCGUGUGGUGUUUGAAGUCACCAUGGAGGGGAGCGCCCGGAAGGUGAUAACAGUGCGCUCAGCCUUGAUGGUGAAGAACAAGCUGGAAAUUCCAAUGGAACUGCGACUGGACAGUCCUUCUGCCCCUGACAAGCCUGUAGUCCUUCCAGCAGUUAUGCCAGGAGAUUCCUUUGCUAUUCCAUUACAUCUCACAUCCUGGCGUUUGCAAGCCAGGCCCAAAGGAAUGGGAGUCUUCUUCUGUAAGGUUCCAAUUCACUGGACUAAUGUCCAGAAGGCAGCAGAGGUGUGCAGCAGCAAGAGGGAGUGUCACUCCAUGGAGUCCGAAAACAGCCGGUUUUUCAGGUUUUGUGUUGCCAUAAAGAAGGAAAAUUACCCGGAUUACAUGCCUUCCAGCAUAUUCUCUGACAGUGCUAAGCAGAUUUUCAGGCAGCCUGGGCAUACCAUUUAUCUCCUGCCAACGGUGGUAAUCUGCAAUCUGCUGCCUUGUGAGCUGGAGUUCUACGUGAAGGGUUUGCCCAUCAGUGGGACACUGAAACCUGGCAAAGAGGCCGCCUUGCACACGGCUGACACUGCCCAGAACAUUGAGCUCGGGGUGUUGCUAGAAAACUUCCCAAUCUGCAAGGAGCUGUUGAUUCCUCCAGGGACACAAAACUACAUGGUGCGGAUGCGAUUGUACGACAUCAAUAAACGGCUGCUCAACCUGACCAUCCGGAUCGUGUGUCGUGCUGAAGGCUCUCUGAAAAUACUCAUUUCAGCUCCAUAUUGGUUAAUCAACAAAACAGGAUUGCCCCUAAUCUUCAGACAAGAUAAUGCAAAAACAGAUGCAGCUGGUCAGUUUGAAGAGCAUGAGCUUGCUAGAAGCCUCAGUCCACUUCUGUUCUGUUAUGCUGAUAAAGAACAGCCAAACUUUUGCACGAUGCGGGUUGGAAGAGGAAUCCAUCCUGAGGGAAUGCCUGGCUGGUGCCAGGGUUUCUCCCUGGAUGGUGGUAGUGGUGUCAGAGCCCUGAAGGUGAUCCAGCACGGAAACCGGCCAGGCCUCAUCUAUAACAUUGGUAUUGAUGUUAAAAAAGGCAGAGGCCGUUACAUUGACACCUGCAUGGUCACCUUUGCUCCCCGGUACCUGUUAGACAAUAAAUCAAGCUACAAACUGGCCUUUGUUCAGAGGGAAUUUGCCAGAGGUCAGGGAACAAACAAUCCUGAUGGCUACAUCUCCACCCUCCCUGGUUCCAGUGUCGUGUUCCACUGGCCACGGAAUGAUUAUGAUCAGCUGUUGUGUGUGAGGCUGAUGGAUGUCCCAAACUGCAUUUGGUCUGGGGGCUUUGAGGUCAACAAGAACAAUUCGUUCCACAUUAAUAUGAGGGACACCCUGGGAAAAUGUUAUUUCUUAAGAGUAGAAAUUACCCUCCAAGGAGCCACGUACCGCAUUGCGUUCAGCGACACCGACCAGUUACCACCACCUUUCCGCAUUGACAACUUUUCCAAGGUGCCAGUUGUGUUUAAGCAGCACGGGGUGGUGGAGCCCAGGCUGUCCACUGAUGUGAAGCCCAUGACCUCUCUGGAUUAUGCAUGGGAUGAGCCCGUCCUGCCUCCCUUCAUCACGCUGACAGUGAAAGGAGCAGGCUCCUCAGAAGUUGUCUGCUGCAUGAAUGAUUUCCAAGAUAGCAAACAGCUUUACUAUGAAAAUUUCAUCUAUAUUGCUGCUACAUAUACUUUCUCAGGGUCACAGGAGCCAGGUGUAAGACCAGUUACAUCAAACAAGGAUGCUGCAAAUGCAGAGCUUGUCCUUGAUGUGUCUCCAAAGACUCAGCGAGUUUUGCUGAAAAAGAAGGAGCCAGGAAAGCGAUCCCAGCUCUGGAGGAUGACAGACUCAGGAAUGCUUUGCCAUGAAGGUUCUUCAGUUCCUCACAACCCUCACAAACCUUCUCCUCGCUCCGAGGACUCCAGUAUGAUUUUAGAUAUCGCAGGCCUGGCAGCUGUCACAGAUAACAGGUACGAGCCGCUGAUGCUGAGAAAGCCGGAUCGGCGGCGCAGCACCACCCAGACCUGGAGCUUUCGGGAUGGGAAGCUGACCUGUGGUAUCCAUGGACUUGUUGUCCAAGCAAAGGGAGGACUGCAGGGUCUUCAUGAUGGAGCUGAAGUUGUUCUAGGUCCUGAUAACUCACUUGAACUUUUAGGGCCAGUUCCACCUGAGCAGCAGUUCACAAACCAAAAGAUGAGGCCUGGCUCAGGAGUACUGACUGUGAGAGUCGUGCCAGAUGGGCCAACUAGGGUUCUGCAGAUAACUGAUUUUAACCAGCGUAGAAAUGAUCGUUCAUUCAGUGAAGGAGAAGAACUUCCAGUUACAGAACAAGAUCUGCGCAAGUUCAAAAAUCCAGAUACAGAACGGGAAUUAGAAGUGCUGGUGAAACUGGAAGGUGGAAUAGGAUUGUCUUUGGUCAACAAAGUCCCUGAAGAGCUCGUGUUUGCAAGCCUCACCAGAAUUCAUGUCCACUACACUCAGCUCUCGACCAGUCAGGUGCUAGAGCUCAGUGUGCAUGAUAUACAGGUGGACAACCAACUUAUUGGCACCACACGGCCUUUUAUGCUCUUUCUGACACCCAGGAUGAGUGAGAACGAGCCCUUGGACCUUGGGCCUGCUGUGCAAGUCAAUGCCAUGAAAUUUCCCAGUAAAAAUGCACUGACUGAUAUAUACAAGCAUCUGAUGAUCACUGCCCGAAAGUUCACAGUUCAAAUUGAGGAGAAACUACUUCUGAAGCUGUUGAGUUUCUUUGGCUACAACCAGUCGGAAUCAGAAGUCGAAAAGUAUGAUGAAAAUCUCCAUGAGAAGGUUGUUGAACAAGCCGGGGCACAAAAACGGUACUACUUUGAAAAUCUGAAAAUCAGUAUGCCUCAAAUCAAGUUGAGUGUCUUCACUUCCAACAAGCUCCCUUUGGAUCUCAAGGCCUUGAAAAGCACACUGGGGUUCCCUCUGAUCCGAUUUGAAGAUGCUGUGAUUAAUCUGGAUCCUUUCACUCGGGUCCAUCCAUAUGAAACUCAGGAGUUCAUCAUUAAUGACAUUCUGAAACACUUCCAGGAGGAGCUGCUGAGUCAGGCAGCAAGGAUUCUUGGUUCUGUGGAUUUCCUAGGCAACCCUAUGGGUCUACUGAAUGAUGUUUCAGAAGGUGUUACUGGACUUAUAAAGUAUGGCAAUGUGGGUGGUCUCAUCAGAAAUGUCACUCAUGGAGUAUCAAACUCUGCUGCAAAGUUUGCUGGGACUUUGUCGGAUGGUUUGGGAAAGACCAUGGAUAACAGACACCAGACAGAGCGGGAAUACAUCCGCUAUCAUGCUGCAACCAGUGGAGAGCACCUUGUAGCUGGAAUCCAUGGACUUGCACAUGGUAUCAUUGGAGGAUUGACAAGUGUCAUAACAUCGACAGUGGAAGGUGUGAAAACGGAAGGAGGGGUCAGUGGUUUCAUAUCUGGCCUGGGGAAGGGGCUGGUGGGCACCGUCACCAAACCCGUGGCGGGAGCUCUGGAUUUCGCGUCGGAAACCGCGCAGGCAGUGAGGGACACCGCGACCCUGAGCGGCCCCAGGACCCAGGCGGAGCGAGUGCGGAAGCCCCGGUGCUGCAGGGGCCCCCAGGGACUCCUGCCCCGCUACCUGGAGAGCCAAGCAGAGGGACAGGAGCAGCUCUUCAAACUGACAGACAACAUCCAGGACGAGUUUUUCAUCGCCGUGGAGAACAUCGACAGCUACUGCGUGCUCAUCUCCUCCAAGGCCGUGUAUUUCCUGAAGAGCAGCGACUACGUGGACAGGGAUUCCAUAUUCCUGGAGGUCAGGUAUGAUGACCUGUACCACUGCCUGGUGUCCAAGGACCACGGGAAUGUCUACAUCCAGCUCACCAAGAAGGCUGUGAACACCAGCAGCGGCGUGGCCAUGCCAGGCCCCUCCCAGCAGCGGCCCAUGGUGAAAGUGAAAUCAGAAGCUCUGGCUGUAAAGCUGUCCCAAGAAAUCAACUAUGCAAAGAGCCUUUAUUAUGAGCAGCAGCUGAUGCUGAGACUUAGUGAAAAUCAAGAGCAACUCGAGCUGGACUCUUGAAAAUCCACUUCCUCACUGCCAGAAAGAGCUGCAAGUACCAGGCUGAAGCCAGAAUUGUGUGACUAGAGAAGGAAAAAAAUAUAAUUUUAGUAUUUAGAGAAAACAAAAGAGGUGGCUUUUCUUUUUUAAGCACUAGUUGUAUAACAGAGGUGUAGCUGAUGCAGCUUUGGGUCUGGGAGAAGCCCUGUAUUUUGCUAACAUGUAUAUAUGUACAAGUGUCCAUGUAAAUACAAAGGGCAGCGGGUGUUGGUAUAAAUAUGAGUCUGUUUACUGUGUAAAGAAAUUAAAGGAGCUCUACUGAGUCACACUGCACUACCUGACACAAGCCCUUCUCUCUCUCUGUCUUUUUUUUUUGUCCUUGAGAAAACUGAUUUUCACAGUGCAGGAAUGUAGAUAAACCUUUAAAAAAUAAAAUUAAGAAUUAAUUUCA